GGAAUCUAUCAACUAUAGUGUAAUACUAGUAAUAGAAGAGUAUUCAAGUAUUUUCUAUUUUAUACUUCACAAUGUUAUAUAUUUCUGGGCUAACGAAGUAUACAAAAUUAUUGAAUAGACGUAAUAUAUUCCAACACGCGCGUAAAUUAACGUCGAGUAAUUUACGAAAAGAAAAAUUUGAUAAACUUUUUCUGCAAAAAGAUGAAUUUCAAAUAAGACAUAUCGGUCCUCGACAGUAUGAGCAGUUGGAAAUGUUAGAAACCAUUGGGUUCAAGCUGAAUACGAAUUGCUCAAGAGAAUUACACAAAUCUCGGAAAAGAAUGAUGUAUGGCGUUCGUAUAUUGGCAUGGGAUAUAAUAAUUGUUGCACUCCUCACACCAUUAUGAGGAACAUAUUCGAGAAUCCAGGAUGGUAGACUCGAGGGUUUGUUGAAUUAUCAAACAAUGAUAUGUGACUUGACUGGAAUGGAAGUAGCAAAUGCGUCUCUUUUGGAUGAAAGUACUGCAGCAGCGGAAGCCUUGGCCCUUGCCCACAGAAGCAACAAGAAAAAGAAGUUGUUCGUUUCUGACAAAGUUCAUCCUCAAACGAUCAGCGUGAUUGCAACGCGUGCCACUUCUUUAGGUCUCAGUCUUGAAAUCGGAGAUGUUUUCCAAGCUGAUACCAGCGGAAAGGACGUCGCCGGUAUUUUAUUUCAAUAUCCCGACACAACAGGAUCCAUUCACGACUACGAAGAUGUGGUGAAGAAGGCACACGCGGAUGGUACGCUCGUCUGCGCUGCUGCUGACUUGUUAGCGUUGACUAUACUCAAACCUCCGAGCGAGUUUGGAGUUGAUGUAUGUGUUGGUACCAGCCAACGUUUUGGAGUCCCACUUGGAUACGGAGGACCUCAUGCUGGAUUUUUCGCUUGUCGGCAAAAAUUAGUUCGUCUGAUGCCGGGUAGAAUGAUUGGUGUAACCAAAGAUUUAAGCGGCCAGGAUGCGUAUCGUUUAGCUCUUCAAACACGUGAACAGCAUAUUAGGAGAGAUAAGGCAACCAGCAACAUUUGUACCGCACAAGCAUUGCUGGCAAAUAUGUCUGCAAUGUAUGCCGUGUAUCAUGGGCCUGAAGGAAUAAAAAACAUUGCAAACAGAGUACACUUUUUAACCCUUAUCCUAGCAAAAGGUUUAGAACAAGCAGGGAACAAAGUGGUCAAUAAAUAUUUUUUUGAUACUAUAAAAAUAUCACCUGUAGUGCCUCAAAAAACUAUAAAGAAGAACGCGAUUGCGUUUAAAGUAAAUUUUAGAUAUUACGAGGCUGAAGUUGGGAUAUCUUUGGAUGAGACUACUACAGAACAAGAUGUAAACGAUAUCUUCAAGAUAUUCUCAGCAGAUACGAACGUUGAAGAAAUGUGCAAAGAGGACAUUUAUCUAGACAAAAACUUGAGUAAAUCCUAUUUCGCUCGCUCCACACCAUAUUUGCAACAUCCUGUAUUCAACAGUCAUCAAUCCGAAACAAGAAUAGUUCGUUAUAUGAAGUCCUUAGAGAAUAAGGAUGUGUCUCUCGUACAUAGUAUGAUACCAUUGGGAUCUUGUACGAUGAAACUAAAUUCUACCACAGAAAUGAUGCCCUGUAGCUUGCGUGGAUUUACUAACAUCCAUCCUUUUGUUCCCAUUGAACAAACCAAAGGAUAUCAACAGUUAUUUACUGAACUGGAACAUGAUCUAUGCGCUAUAACUGGUUAUGAUAAUAUAAGUUUUCAACCAAAUAGUGGCGCUCAAGGGGAAUAUGCCGGUCUAAGAGCUAUACAACGUUAUCACGAGUCGAAUGAAAACAACAAUCGACAAGUCUGCUUGAUUCCCAUUUCUGCUCAUGGUACUAAUCCUGCUUCUGCUCAGAUGGCUGGUAUGCAAGUGAAGCCUAUUCUCGUACAGAAAGACGGUUCUGUAGACAUUGUACAUCUGACAGAAAUGAUCGACAAAUAUCGAGAGACAUUGUCUUGUUUGAUGAUAACGUACCCAUCAACGAACGGCGUGUUCGAGGAGACCAUCGCUGAUAUUUGUACUAUGGUUCAUGAAGCUGGUGGUCAAGUGUAUUUAGACGGGGCUAAUAUGAAUGCCCAAGUUGGUCUAUGUCGUCCUGGUGAUUAUGGUAGCGACGUUUCACAUCUGAAUUUACACAAAACGUUUUGCAUACCUCACGGCGGUGGUGGACCUGGGAUGGGGCCUAUUGGAGUGAAACGACAUCUUGCACCUUUCCUUCCAUCUCAUCCUGUAAUUAAUCGUUCGGGCAAUGGCCAUAACAAUGUAAAACAAACUGGUGCGGUAUCAGCCGCUCCUUUCGGAUCAUCGGCUAUUUUACCAAUUUCAUGGGCUUAUAUUAAAAUGAUGGGUCCAAAUGGGUUAAAAAAAGCCACGCAAGUCGCUAUUCUAAAUGCUAAUUACAUGAGCAAAAAAUUGGAGAAAUAUUACAAGACACUGUACAAAGGAAAGACAGGAUUGGUAGCACAUGAAUUUAUUUUGGACGUACGAGAUUUUAAGAAAACGGCAAAUAUCGAGGCUGUAGAUAUCGCUAAAAGAUUGAUGGAUUAUGGUUUUCACGCUCCAACAAUGAGCUGGCCUGUAUCUGGUACAUUAAUGAUUGAACCAACCGAAUCUGAAGACAAAAAAGAACUGGACAGAUUUUGUGAUGCUCUGAUUCAUAUACGACAAGAAAUUGAUGACAUAGAAAGUGGUAAAUUAGACGUUAUUAAGAAUCCAUUGAAAAUGGCACCACACACUCAAGAGCAAGUGAUAUCAAGUACGUGGGAUAGACCAUACUCACAAGAAUUGGCAGCGUUUCCAGCUCCAUUUGUAAGAAGAAGUAAGAAGAUUUGGCCGAGUGUUGGAAGGAUAGAUGAUACAUAUGGAGACAAAAAUCUAUUUUGUACAUGUCCUCCUGUCUUACCAGAUUAAUAAGUAGUUUUACUUAUUUAUCAUGUACAGUUAGUUAUAGAACUAUUUAAAUAUUUAUUGUAAUUUUUUGUACAAACAUAUUAUUUAUAUAAAGUUUCAUAUUUUUAUAAGCAGACAAAAUAUAUGUAAUAAAGAUCUGAAUCUAAAUUUCUUUUUUCUUUUUAACAAAAAAAGCUAUAUUAUUUAAUUACUAUCCUUAAUGUAAUGUAACUAUGGGUAUUCAGGUCAUCGAUAUAUUUACAUUGUACAUUAAUCGAUUAUGUUCGCAAACUUUGUAUAUAUAUAUUACAAACCAGGCAUAAGAUAUGCAAUAUUGUCCAGUAUUUGCGAAAGUGUUUCAUGUUUAGCUCCAUUAGUUUCUGGUACCUGUUGCGUUAGACAAAUCAAGGGACCCAGUGCGCAAAGCAGAGAAUCCAGUAAGACCGACAGACUGCCUGAUACUGCUAUUUGUCCAUCGUGUUCCUUUAACCGUUCGCCAAUAAUCGUUAAACUUUCACCAAGAAGCUUAAGAUGAGCAGCCACGUCGAUUGGUUGAGUACCGACGACUUUAUACAUUCCUGUUCCUAUGACCGGUUCGUUAACCAAAUCUUUCCCAAUUCGAUUUGACGGCGGCGACACCGGAACAUUUCCUACAACCGAGGGUAGACCUAAUUGAAUUGUUUUUUUGGAACUAGCAGGCUUUUGUUCUUUUCCAUUACCUAUUUUAUUAAUGAAUUUUUUUCGCGAAGCAGGCGGCGGCAUUUUCCAAACAGGCUCAUCUUUACUCGCAGGUAAAGAAUGAGGUUUCGCUGCUAAGCGUUUUGCGCGUCUGCGCCAGUUAUAUUUUUCCAGAUUUGGUACUGUAGCCCAUAGUUCUCCUAACCGUUUAGAAAUUGCUGCAAAAUCCCUUUGUCUUUACGUUGUGCCUUCAUUCUACCUAUUAUUUUGCCAUCUUUAAUAAUUAGUUUUUUCUUACAUUUCUCAAGCAUGUACAAACUAUUCGCUUGUGAAGGUGUUUCUUGGCCAGGUGGUUCAAGUUUUCUAAACCCUGCUUCUCUAUCAUCUAUCAUAAGAGGAUCUACAUCAUCAUCACUUCCAGAAUCCAUACUAUAUCUUUCAUCCUCGUUCAACCCAGAGGGAUCAUCUGAUUCUGAUCCUGAAGACUGCCCCUCAUUAUCUGACAAUGUCUCUUGUUUAACUCUUUGUUGUCCAGAGCUAGAAUUUGAAUUCUUCCUUUGCCUUCCGCCACUUGUAUGUUGAAUUGAUUGAUUUGGUGAUAUACAUUGUGACUCAUAUCUGUCCAACAAUUGUUGAUUUUGUAAUUGCUGUGCUUUCUGACGUUUGUAUUUGUUAUCCGUAAAAUCAUCUGGUGACUCAAAGUCAACGAGUUUGGAAGAUUUCUUUCUCACACGGCCACUGCGGGAGAUACCCGUGACCUCUAGAUCUGAAAGAUAAAGCGGACUGCACCUUGCCAAGAAAGAGAAAGGGACCAAAAUACUUUGUAAGAUCUAACUACCACUCUCAUAACAUCUGUGAUUCAAGAUCAUUACUUGUAUGCAAACAUAUUUUACAUCAACAGUAUAAAUGGAUAUCCACUUUUGUUUACUGCUAUUUAUGAUAUAAAUUAUAAUUUUCCUGAUAUAUUUUGAAAUUUUUUUGAAUAAAUGUGUUUGGUAACCAAUUGUUAGAUCUCGUGGACGCGUAUCAUGUGUCAUAUAAAUUUUAUUAUAUAUGUAUACAAAGAAUUUCCUCUAUAUCUGAUAUGGAUAAACAUAUUGCUGUUUGGAAUGAGCGUGACGAGUACUAUCAUCGUUUGAGGUUAUGAGUAUUACGAGGUAAUUAAGACCGGUUCGAAUAAAAUUUUAUCAUUUCUGUGUAAUCGUGUUUUCUCAUUGGCGUCUGUUUGUUUCGUUAAAUUUCUCAAAUGCGUAAAAGAAACCUGAUCACGGAUAGAUUGUAUACACAUCAUUAGUUCAAUGAUUCUCCGCUACGGACAAAAGCGCUAGUAACCAAAACGCAAAUUGGAGUAAAUAUUGCCAGAAAAAUUGAUAAAUUUGCUACGAACGCGCGCAAAUCAUGCGAAAUACUGCAAGCGAUACGAUCAAACAAGCAACUGAUCUACCAAAUAUGUUUCCCUACGUAAUAAAAGCUGAUCUCACCGUCAUUCUUCUGACGUUUCGGUGUCACGAACAUAUCCAUAGCGUUGUUUCGUUGUUCUGGGAGCUUGUUGCGCCGCGGCGUUUUCUCAGAUUUCGCGGGCUUACGAAUAUUGGCGCGCAUCACGCGCUAAUAAGUUAUCGCCUCCUUGAUGCAAACACAUCUGUCAAAAAUUUCUGCACUGUUUCCAGCAACAAGCUCGUCUUCAAGUCUUCAAAUUUGUUUAUUUCCGAGACGAUUUUAAAAACAACUGCUACGAAGAAAACCACAAUGCACUGCGCAGCGUGAGUCAUGCAUUCAGUAUGCAACGCGCGAAAUUCAAAAACGAAUUUCAUUUUCUUACUCGUGCAAAGCACAAAGUUUUAAGAAUCGUAUAAAUUUUUCAAUUUUCCAAGGAAUAAAAAUUAAUUUAAUAAAAAGUAGUUUAUAUUAAUUAAAAAAAUAAGAAAAUGUAUAUUGUAAAAAAAUGUAUUAUUUACAUUAAUUAGGACGUUUUUUGCAAUUAAAUAAUAUAAAAAGAUUUAAAUAUCAUCCUCUUGCUGCCAGCCAUCUUCGUCGGACAAAAAUCUUCUUUUAUGACUGGUGUUCAUAUAAGGCCUCAAUGCCCAUUCUGUAUCAGCUGCAGUUUCUGCAUCUAAAGUACCUAAUUUGAUUUCAUACAAUUUCAGUUGAAACCUGGGGCCAACUUCUGUCAGUUCAACGUCUUUUCCACGAAGUCUUUUAUACGUGUGAUGACGAAAAGAUAUAUAAUCAUCAUGAUUAGCAAAAGUGAUUAUUCUUUUGCUAUCUUCCUUUGGUACUGGGAAUAAAUAUUUUAGAAUACUCAUGACGCGUUCACCCAACUUUGUUUUGAAAUUGUGAAAUAUAAGAUGAGGAUAUUGCUCUGACAUAGUUCCAAUAUCAGGAAUAUCAUGCCUCAUAAUAACAUCUGAUAUUGUGAAAUAUGCAGUUGGCCCAUAAGGUAAGUGACAUAUGGUAAGAGAAUUAGGUACACCUCUAUGUUCGUGCACUAUUAUAAAAUCUGUAACGUCGUUUGCUCUACAAGCAUGUAUCAAUUGUUUCAUCUCGUACUUUCCUCGAUUCAUUCUUUGAGAAUUGGGAAAUAUCAAGCGCAAUUCUUUGACAAACAUCUUCAAUCUGGAACUUGGAUCGCGGGAUGUAGUGAUCACAAUUUUUGGAUCUUCAACUCCUGCCCAUCGAUACUCGUCAUCUUCGUGAGAUCCCACAGUUCCUCCCAUUUCUGUUCCAAUAGCAACAGCCAUUUCUGGCCCAGCAUCUUCCCAAGCUAAUUGUUUCUGUAUGUUCAAAGCAUCUUUCCUUAGAUCUGGAUGUAUGGGUAUAUUCUGUUCCAGGCUACGUUUAAGUUUCUCUUUUUUCUCUUGAAUGCUUUUCAACUUGUCUUGAACAGAUUUUCUAUAAAGAUACUCUCUGCGGAGUCUCGCUUGUCUUCGUAACAUUUUAAUCUUUUGUUUGGUAAAGUAAUUAGUAGAUUGGUUAAGUAGAGAAUAAUUAUUUAAGUAAACAGACACUUGGGCAAAGAAUUAUAGGUUAUACGAAUCUUACACGUGUCCACAUAACGUCAAGAAUAAUUCCGACGUCAAUGCGGGUCUUACG